UUCAAGACGCUACGAAUGGUUUAAAGGCAAAAAUAAUGUAAUGUAUGGCAGUAGUAAUCAGCAACAAUGCCGUGGUAAAAUGAAAUAUUUGAACAGUUAUUAUAGUGCUGCUCGAGUCCGUGACUGUGACUUUUGUGUUUGUACUUGCAAAAUAAAUCCACGGCGUGAUGACCAACAGAUUACUACUAUCAGUUUUAGAGACCAAGUCACCAAUACUUCUGAGAACAUGGUGGUCGUGGGUGUAAGAUUUGCGAAAAAAGACAACGUGAUUCAUGUGCAGAUAAAAGAAGGGAAAGUUAAUCCUAAUGGAUGGAUCAAUGAAUCUAGAUGGAAAGAAGUUGAGAAAUUUCAUCGACUUUAUCCUAAUAAAUAUUAUGUUGAGACUGAGGAGUCACAUUUGAAAAUGCUUAACUUGGGAGUCGAUUUUGGAAAUCCGGAAAUCGUAAAUUUUGACGAUUUGAUUGCUUUAGAAGGUUACGUUAUUACAGGGGUGAGAUUUAGAUUCGCUGGAGAUUCACUUAUUAAGCCACAAGUGAAGAACGGUGCAAUCCAACUGCAAAUUCGUAUUACGCCACUUGAGUACAUUAGUGGCAAAUUGAUCAAUCAUAAACCAUCACAUUGGAUUGCUCCAGAACCCAAAGAAUCGAGAGAGGAAUUGGUUCUCAUUGAUCCAGAUAAACCGACUAAAUCACCUGGCAAUAUUAUUGAUUCAAAGACCGAACGUUUUGUAAAAUUCCGCGCUUCAGAUUUGAAAAAAGACGCUGGGCAAUCAACGGUUCCAUUUUUCGAUGCUCAAGACGUUGAAGGUGAUCCCGAAUUUCCGUUAGGGGGGAUCGGAAUCAUUCAUCGCGGUCGCGAAGGCUAUGGUGGAUUUGUGGCAUUCCGAGUUUUCGAUUUAAAGCUCUCUAAAUAUUUUAAAUAACUAAUCAAAACUAAGAAAUACAAAAUUAUUAUGUAGCAGUAAACGAUUAAUGU